GAUUUGGAUGACAGCUUUGCGCAUGCGCCGUGUCCAUCGUUGCGUCGGCGGAGAUUGUCGGGGGGGUGGACAAGUGACGGGUCGGCUGUGGUUGGUUCAGCUGUCGGUACUGCCGCGCCCUGGAGUGACGUCAAUGUUGACCACCUGGUGAGUUCGGAAGAGCAGGCGGAACGAAUUAAAGAUGGCGCAGAGAGCGGAGGAGGAAGAGGAGAACUCGGGGCUGAGGAUGAGGAGAAGCGGAUCCCGGAGCCUGGCUGCCAAGGAGCGAGACGAGCAGGUCCGGGCCGUGCAGGAAGCCCUGCAGGAGAAGCUGGGGAGCUACGAGCCGGUGCUGAGCUACCUGCAGGCCGUGCUGGUGUGGGAGAGACCCCGGCACAGCGCCCUGCUCCACCUGCUGCUCAAUGCUGCCUUCUGGUUUUUUGCCCUGACUUCACUCCGAAUCGUGUUUCUGGCAGCAUUUGGCCUGAUGAUCAUCAUCUGCGUGGAUCAGUGGAAGAACAAAAUUUGGCCUUUAUUGCUAUCUGCUGCUAUGGUUCCUUUGGACUCUUCUAGUUGGGGCUUUGUAAACCCGAGGCUGCUCAGCCUACCGUAGCUCUGUCAUCAUGCAGCCGAAGUGUGGGUCACGCUGGCAAAUUUUCAAAGGAACCUUAAAGUCUUCAAAUCUGAAAAUCCUGGCAAGUUCUGCCUCCUGGUCUGUGGAUUCCUCACCUUUCUGAUGGUCCUGGGUGGAUAUAUUCCUGGUCUUGUGCUCUCCUAUCUGCUGUUGCUAUUCAUCCUGCUAUGGCCGUUGGCUAUGUACCAUCGCCUAGGGCAGCGUGUUUACCAGAAACUGGAGCCAGCCCUGCAGAGGUUGGACUUCAGUGUCCGUGGAUACAUGAUGUCCAAGCAGAAGGAGAGACCAUUGCACGGCCGCGCCCUUCCUCCAAAUGAGGGAAGCGAUAGUGAAGAGGAGCUAGCUGCAUUCUGUCCUACGCUGGAUGAUUCUGCAGUCGCCAAAGAACUAACAAUAUCGGAUUCUGAACAUUCGGACGCAGAGAUUUCAUACACAGAUAAUGGGACGUUUAACUUGUCCCGGGGUCAGACUCCUCUUACAGAAGGCUCAGAAGAUCUGGACCGCCAUAGUGACCCAGAAGAGUCAUUUGCACGUGAUCUCCCUGACUUUCCUUCUAUAAAUCCAGAGGUAACUGGAAUAGAUGAUGAGGAUGACACCAGCAUUGGGCUCCCAUUUGCAACCAGCCGCCCCCAUAUGUCUGCCGACCAAUUCUAUGACGAGUCUUCAGAGUUGGAGGUGCCACUUGCUAUUGGUGCUCAGCAGCUCAAAGACAACCUUACCAACCUAGUCACUCGGGGGAUGAUACAGAUGGCGUUGGCAGGUGUCACCCAGCAAGCCUCAGGCUUUUUGGAAAAUCCCAGGCAGAAAACAUAUCAAAGAAACUCCAGCUCUGAGCUGGACACUGAUGCUGAAGCCGAUGACUUUGAGCUACUGGACCAAUCAGAGCUGAGCCAGAUGGAUCCAGCCAGCCCACGUGGCCAGCAGUAACUUUUGACGAAGGUGCCAGUCCCUUGUGAACAUACAAUCACAUACAAUUUUUUUUUUUUAUAAAGCGUUCUCAUUGUGGACCCGUAUCUUCAGACUGUGUCUUCUCAGUGUGCCCCCGUGUGAGGUUUCCAUUACUUAAUGCAGGACUAUUCAGCCUGCUCCUUUAUCACUGUGAAGUCUGAACCAGUAGAUUAGUGAAGCUAGAACGAAAGACGCAGUAUUUUAAAAGUCAUUACCUGCUGGAUAAUGGACUGGUACAACAGAUCGGACUUUUCUCUUCAGCACCCAUCUCAUACUAAAACUAGAUAUCUACAGUAGAAGACUGCCCGGGCAGUUCUUAGUGUAGAUGGUUAGAACAUUUGGUGGUUUGGAGUUGGGGACAUUUCAGUGCGUGACCCUGUAGUUUUCAUGUCCAGUUCACAUGGCAGAUUGUAAAAUGUGGACUUAGCACUUAAAAAGAUGUGUGUACAGGAGAGUGGAGUAAACUGAUGUCUAUAUAAAGUGUAGCUCCACUUCCAAACAAGUUUUCAUUUGGAGGAUCCACAGAUGGUAAUAUAGAUGUUUUUGGCCUUGUUGGUUAUAUUUUUGCCGAUUUGCUCUCUGGUUGCCUAAAACAUAUUUUUAGAUGUCCACAUUCGGCUGCAAGGUAAGUUUAUACAGUGGUAUGGUCGACCCCUCCCCUUCAGUAAAGGCAUAUCAAAUUUCCCAAUCCUAAAACACCAAAAUGAUGUAAAUGUAUAUUAUAAAGUCACCACUGCGGGAAUUCAAAUCUUCGGCAUCGCAGACCAACCGUGUGAUGUGGGUGAUUUUCACAAGAAGUCUCAGUAGAUUCAAAAGGUAGUCGCGCUGCCAGAUACACUUCAAAGCAUCAGAGUGCAAAGUCAAGUAAAAGCAACAGCUCUUUUUGUGUAGCUAUAACACAGGCUUCCACCAAAAGGCAAUCUCUAUCGUACGAGUUCCUCUUGUGGAUUACAAAGUUGCGCCGCACAUAGUGAAGUUCAACCAAUCUUUAUCUCUCGAAUACUUUUUAAUAUACUCUCACAAGAGUCGUUAAAAUUCAGGCAUUUAAACAAUAAAAUCUGUAGCACUGCCCGACCCGGGUUUCGCCAGGAUAACCUCGCCCCUGACGGAAAUGACACAGGAGGAACUCGUACGAUAGAGAUUGCCUUUUGGUGGAAGCCUGUGUUAUAGCUACACAAAAAGAGCUGUUGCUUUUCCUUGACUUUGCACUCUGAUGCUUUGAAGUGUGCCUGGCAGCGUGACUACCUUUUGAUAUUAAAUUUCCCAUAAGUUGGCUUAAAUUGUCAGGAGGGAAGUGUUUCUUGCUUGUCAGUAAAGGAGAAAGCUGCAUUUACUAAUGCCAUCGCUCGUCCUUAUACAGAACCAUUGUUUGCCGGCAGCAGAGCGUGUUUAGACAGCACUAUCAGCUGCUGGCAAACGAUUUAGGUGACCACAUGAAAGAUCCACUUACCUGAUGAACGAGCGUCUUGUGGCACCUUUACACCAGCAGAUUAUUGCUAAGGAGCAUUCAUACGAACUCAUUAGCAAUAUCUGCCCUAACAUCCAGCAGUGUUAAGGGCAUUUAAAUGGAAGCCAUAUAUCCGCCGUGACCCCUAAAUAAACAUGUUAGGCACUCUUGUAAAAGUAUUCCUUUAUUUAAUGCAUGGUAAGUAACAAAGUUAAAAUCUUCAAAUACCGCUUAUAAAUUUUAAGUCCAUUGCACGCUCUUAACCCGGCCAUACACAUUCAAUAUCUGUUGGCUGAAUGUUCGUUCAGCUGACCACUAUCGCUCCCAUCUCCUUCCCAGCUUCCCCAUAUACAUACGUUUCGGGAGAGCGGAGAAAGCCUCUGGCAGACACUUCUGGCGGUGUCUUAUCUCACUGGAGAACAAAAGGAUUGGGCGAUAAUACACUUGUAGUUGGAGUCUAGCCUGGAGUAUGUCUCCUGCUAGAGUCAGUAGGUUGGCCAAGGCAAUUAGGUCAUCUGAACCUCUGGCACAGAGGUUGGUGGAGAGGAGAUACAAUUUAAACCCAUGGUCCUUUGUAUUGACCAUGAAGAAAUGAUUUACAAUAUAUUGGAGAAAUAUAA